AUGAAUUAUACACCAGAUAUGCCACGUGAUUCUGUUGAUCGAGCCAUUUAUCAUGCUCUGUUAAUUUGGUCGUAUCCGAGCCAAUUAAGAUUUCGUCAAGCCAAUGAAAUGGAACAUCCAGAUAUUGAAUUUUUAUUCGCUCAAGGUUACCAUGAAGAUGGAUAUCAGUUUGAUGGAAAAGGUUCUGUUCUAGCUCAUGCUUUCUAUCCUGAAGAACAUCUCGGUGGAGAUGUUCAUUAUGACGAAGAUGAAGAUUGGACAGUCUACAGAGAGAAUGAAUAUGGUCUAAUGGAUUUAUUCUCAGUAACAGUUCAUGAAUUAGGACAUUCAUUAGGUUUAAUGCAUUCGAAUAUACCUGAUGCUAUUAUGUUUCCCUAUUAUCGUGGUUACUCAAAAAGUAUUAAACUACAUAGUGAUGAUAUAGCAGCUGUUCGAAAACUUUAUGGAGAUCCUCCAACUGAAGUACUGACUCCGUCAUCAUUAAAUACGGAUGAAAUAGCAAAAGAAACGAAUGACUAUUCAACAACACCGCCAAUAAUAACAAAUACAGUUGAAGUAGCAGCAGCAACAAUGGUAACCUCAACAUCAACAAAAAUUGAAACGACAACUUCAACUAAUCCUAUAUCAACUUUAGUUUUAAACAAUCAUAAAAGAAUUCAUAAUGAAACAACAAUCACUACAACGACAAUGACCAUCACAAGCACAACCACAAUCACAACCACAAUCACAGCAGCAACAGCAACAACAACAACAAAACCGGUAACGACGACGACAACAACAACAACAGCAGCAACAACACUAAUGACAUUAAGUCAUUCAUAUGAAACUAAACAUCCAUCUAUAACAAAAUCAGCAACGCCAAAAUCAACAAACCACCCGUUACAAUCGUACGUGGAAAGACAUAGAUCAACUGAACAGAUUAAAAUAAAUUAUACAGAUCCAUCGACAUUAGAUUUAUGCGAUGGAUUUUAUGAUGCGAUUACGAUGUAUAAAGGAAUUCUAUUUAUAUUUAAAGGACAGUAUUUUUGGCAAUAUGAUCGACGCGGUUUAGAUUCUUCAUCACCAAUGAUAAAUAAUGCUUUUUGGUUAGGAUUACCAGAAACAUUGACAAAAAUUGAUGCUGCUUAUGAACGAGCUGAUGGGCGUUUAAUGCUUUUCUCAGGUCGUCAAUAUUGGCUAUUCGACGAUAAUAAAAUAUCAGUUGAAGAAGAUGGCUCCACUUAUCCUCGUAAUAUAAGUUCACUUGGUCUUCCAACACAUGUUGAUUAUAUUGAUGCAGCUUUUCUAUGGUCAUUUAAUCGUCAAGCCUAUCUUGUUUCAGAGAAUUUAUAUUGGGCAUUAGAUGAAAGAUGGAAUCGUGUUAAUACUUAUGAUUAUCCAAGAGAUAUGACUAUGUGGCAAGGAAUUGAUAUUCCACUUGACGAUGCCUUUGUUGAUUUAACCGGUUCAACAUAUUUUUUUAAAGGUCUCGAUUUUUGGCGUUUAAACAACACAAGUAUGGAAGCAGCCGUAGAUUAUCCUCGCUCAAUAAAUACCAAUUGGCUUUUUUGUGAUAAGCCUCGAUCUUCAUCGUUAUCAUCUCUUCAAUCGACUGCUAUCGUUUCAAUUAUUUUCCUCACUAUUCUUUAUUGUUCUUCGCUGUAA